AUGUCUUCAAUUCCGCCUGGUGAUAUCAACACCCAGCCUAAUGCGAAGAUUGUCUUCAACGCUCCGUACGACGACAAGCAUACCUAUCACAUCAAGAUCAUCAACUCAUCUGGACGUCGCAUUGGAUGGGCUAUCAAGACGACAAACAUGAGGAGACUCGGUGUCGACCCUGCAUGCGGUGUUCUUGACCCCAAGGAGGCCACCCUCAUGGCCGUUUCCUGCGAUGUGUUCGAUUACGGUCGUGAGGACACGAACAACGACCGUAUUACCGUAGAAUGGUGCAACACUCCAGAAGGAGCUGCGAAACAGUUCCGUCGAGAAUGGUUCCAGGGCGAUGGUAUGGUGCGCAGGAAGAACCUUCCCAUCGAGUACAACCCUUAA